AGUUCCAUUUCCAAAAUUUCUGCUGGAAUAUCCCAAUAGAACUUAUAAGGGUAAAGCAGGGAAAUGAAAGGUUUCAACGAUGCUAUUCAUGGAUACAUCAAUAUAGAUCCUUUGUUGAUUCGAGUUAUAGAUACUAGGCAAUUUCAAAGAUUACGUCAUAUUAAACAAUUAGGAGCGUGCUAUUGGGUUUAUCCAACCGCUUGUCAUAAUCGCUUUGAGCAUAGUAUUGGAACUUGCCAUCUCGCCCAAUUACUGAUUCAAUCUCUACGGGAAAAAUUGCAUGCUGAUAGUCAUUUGGGCGUUGAGAUUAGUGACAAGGAUGCGUUUUGCGUGUCAUUGGCUGCUCUUUGCCAUGAUUUAGGUCAUGGACCAUUCUCUCACAUGUUUGAUGGUCGGUUCCUCUCUAAAUAUCCAGAGUAUGCGCGGCGACACGAAGAGAUGAGUGUUGAAAUGCUUAAACAUUUGGUUGAAAAAAACGAUUUAAUGAAGAUCUUCAAACAAAGAUUUCCAGAUUUUGACGAUAACGAUUUAAUAUUUGUCAGCGAAAUGAUUCGAGGACCUGACGAAACGGGUGAAUAUAAAGGAAGAACAGACAAAAAGAAAAGAUUUUUGUACGAUAUCGUCUCUAAUAAACAUAGUGGCGUCGAUGUAGAUAAAUUCGAUUAUAUUGCCCGCGAUUCCUUCUAUCUAGGAAUCGAUUCCAGCUUUGACCAUACAAGAUUUAUUCAAUACGCAAAAGUUGUUAAGGUUCAAAAUGAAAAUGAAUCCGAAUCCUUUCAAAUUUGUACGAGAGAGAAGGAAGUCGAAGUAAUGUAUGAUCUGUUUCAUAUGCGUGCUGUAUUGUAUCAGAGAGCUUAUUGUCAUAAAACAAAGAUGAUUAUUGAACACAGGUUAAGUGAAGUGCUAGAUCUCUCUGUAAAGCAUUUGAAGUUUCGCAAACAAUCUGACCUUGAAAAGACAUACAACAUACUAGAAGCCACGAACGAUAUAGAAGUUUUUGAACAAUUAACUGAUAAUAUAUUUGAUCGUAUAAAAUAUUAUGAUGAUCCUAAUAAUUCCGAUAUGAACCGGGCUAAGGAAUUACUGAUGAGAAUUGAUGAAAGAAAACUAUUUAAAUUCGUAGCAGAGAUCAGGGGUGAUUUAGCAGAUAAACAAUCUCUAUUGGAUGACAUCAUGUCUCGUUCGAGUAUAAAGAUUGACAAAAAGAAAAUAAUAAUAGAUAGAAUGAAAAUUGACUACGGAAAAGGACAAGAAAAUCCUAUAAAUUUUUUAUAUUUUUAUAAAAAAUCCUGCCCAGAUAGAGGAGUGAGAAUGUACCGCGAAGAUAUUAGUAAUUUGCUGCCAGUAUCUUAUUGUGAUAGAAAACUAAGAAUAUAUUACGAGGACGAUGACAAGGCCAUUAUUGACGAAUUGUCAGCAAUAAUUGACGAUUUUAAACGUAAUGGGUUACCUACAUCUUUGUCCUGAGAUAUAUGCAAAAAGAAACUUGUCUUUCGAAACUAACAUCUCUCUAUAAAUUUAUCUUUAAAAUUUAUUCAUCUGCACAAUUUUAAUGUGCUUCAACUUGAACACUUUGAUAAUUGAAAACAAUCUAUAUAUAUAUUUAUACACUAUAUGAUACUUUUUCUGGAAAAGGAACCUUUUAUAAAACCCGAAUUCUACAUAUCUGACUUCUACGAAACUCACUAAACAAAAUCUGUUCCUCAUUUUGUUAUAUUUAUUGUAUAUUUAAUCAUCUUCUUUAAGUUUAAAAUAUAUGCCUAAUAGGAAAAAUGUGAUAAGAAAAAA